AUGCAGUUCAGCCUGUUGUUCGGCCUGGGUCUGAUCCAUUGGCCGCUGGCCUGGCCAAUGCUCAGCUAUAGACCGUGCAACGAGUCCGUUGUGGCAGUAGCGCUCUCGCAGAUCAUCCAUGGCCUGCAGCCCAGACAGCUGGCCAUAUUGGCCAUGCCCCGCUCACGUUUGCUAAGUGUGGAUUGUGCGAAUAACGACACCAUCCAAGUGGAUGACUUUAUACAGCGAGUGCAUAAGCUCUACUACAAGUCCGUCAUCUUUUAUGACACCGAGCUGUUCUUUGACUAUAUCGAGGCGAAUCUGCUGGGCGCCAUCGAGUGCGUCAAUUUGAUAUUCCACGAACCGGAUGAGCUAUCGGCGCGCAUACAGGAACGUCGACUGGCCCAUCGGCUCAGUCUGUACAUCUUCUAUUGGGGCGCCAGCAAGCCGCCGAAUGCGACGCGCGUCAGCUUUGAGCAGCCGAUGCGAGCUGUGGUCAUCACACGGCCGCGUCCCAAAGCAUUUCGCAUCUAUUACAAUCAGGCAAUGCCCACGGCCAAAAGCCAACUGCGCUUGGUCAACUGGUACGAUGGCGAAAAUCUGGGCCUACAGAAGACCCCACUCUUGCCCAGCGCUGCAACAGUCUAUGCCAAUUUUCAAGGUCGCCUCUUUCAUGUGCCCGUCUUUCAUUCGCCGCCUUGGUUUUGGGUGAGCUACAACAAUGACAGCAACAACAUUGGCAACGGCACCGAGGAGGAGUUCGAGAAUGCGGGCUAUAAAAAGGCGAAUGUGACGGGAGGUCGAGAUCAUCAAUUGCUUGUGCUAUUGCGGCAGCAUAUGAACUUUACAUUCGAAUACAUUGAAGCGCCAGGCAGGACGCAGGGAUCACUGCGAGGCACCGACGACAAUGGCGAGGCCAACGACAGCUUCACCGGUGGCAUCGGCAUGCUUCAGAGUGGUCUGGCGGACUUCUUUCUGGGUGAUGUGGGUCUCAGUUGGGAGCGUCGCAAGGCGAUUGAGUUCUCAUUCUUUACGCUCGCCGAUUCGGGCGCCUUUGCCACACACGCGCCGCGUCGCCUCAACGAGGCGUUGGCCAUAAUGCGUCCCUUUAAGCUCGACAUAUGGCCAUAUCUCAUUCUGACCAUUGUGUUCUCGGGCCCGAUAUUCUAUGGCAUUAUUAUCAUGCCCUACAAAUGGCGCCGGCAUCCGAUCGCCAUGGACGUGGAGCGGCUCGGUGAUUUUCGCGUAUAUAUGGCCUACAUCAAGGAAAUAACGCCCUGCGUGCUCAAGGUCAGACACAUUCGGCACAUUCAUGCGCAGACUACGCCAGAGAUGCCACCACAGCUUUUUCAGCGCUGCAUUUGGUUCACGCUGCGUCUGUUCCUCAAGCAAUCUUGCCAUGAGCUCUACCAUGACUAUCGCACCAAGUUCCUGACCAUAGUCUAUUGGGUAGCUGCCACCUAUGUGUUGGCUGAUGUAUAUUCGGCGCAGCUCACCUCGCAGUUUGCGCGUCCGGCUCAUGAGGCGCCCAUCAAUACAUUGCAGCGCCUGCAGGCAGCCAUGCUACGGGAUGGCUAUCGAUUGUAUGUGGAAAAGGAGAGCAGUUCGCUGGAGAUGCUCGAGAACGGCACAGAACUGUUUAGGCAAUUGUAUGCAGAGAUGCGUCAACAGCAGCCGAAUGAUCAUCAGGGCUUUCUCAUUGAUUCCGUGGAGGCGGGCAUCAAGCUGAUUGCCGAUGGCAGGGAGAACAAGGCGGUGCUUGGCGGGCGUGAAACACUCUACUUUAAUAUACAGCAAUACGGAGCCAAGAACUUUCAGCUCAGCCAGAAGCUCUAUACGCGCUACUCCGCGGUGGCUGUGCAGAUUGGCUGCCCCUUCUUGGAUAGUCUAAACGAUGUUUUGAUGCAUCUGUUCGAAGGCGGCAUAUUGGAGAAGAUGACGACCGGAGAAUACGAGGCGCAAGCACGGCAAAUGACCAAGGAUCAGGCGCUACAAUCUAAGGAGCUGGCUGCCGUCGAGAAUGCUAAUGCCAAUGCGAACGCCAACAUCAAGAGCAAUGAGGCAAAGACACAGCCACAGCAUACCCAGGACAAUGAGAUGAUCAGCGCUCUGAACCUACGCAUGCUCCAAGGCGCAUUCAUUGCCCUCGGCGUGGGCUUUGUCACAGCAGCUCUAAUGCUCUUGCUGGAGCUCUUCUGUCGACGCUUGAAUCUGGGGCUGUCGCUGCGACGUUGGCGGCUGCGUUGGCUGCGUCGCUGGCGUCGCGUCAAGCGGAUGCUGCGACAGCUAACCGUGCGAAUCUUUGCACUGAAUUUGGGUUGA